AACAAUGAUGCAAUCUUCCGGUCUUCAUCCAACCGGAGCAGUCUUUGCUCCAUUGACUUGGCGGAUAUAAAUAUAACGGUUAGCUCGCUGUGAGCUCUAGUCUGGAGAAUACCGCGUGGGUAAGCAACAUCUGCUUCGAACUAGGAUGAGGGGGAGGAUCCUAAGCACCAUCAUGGAUUGUUCAGGCGUUGCACCUCUGCCCUGGCUGGUUUUGACUCUUCUAUCUACCGUCAGCGCUGCCUUAUACCGCAUACGGCCGGAGUCUACCGAGGUACUGGUGAACCAGACAGUCACCCUGUAUUGUGCUUUUAACGGCUUAGCGCCCUCAGAUGUAGUGAACUGGUACUGGUACAACCCUGAAACGGACGACAAACUGUACCACAUUUCUGCCAGAGGCCGAGUCGCCUCCGAGUUCUCCAGACAUUCUAUCGUGGGGAGUUCACGGCGGGGUGAGUACAACCUGAGGAUACGGGAUGUCCAGCCUGCCGAUGAGGGGAACUACCGGUGUAGCGUCUUCACGGUACGGGACGCCGGCGAUGCCAGGCUCACCGUUGUAGUUCCUCCGACAAAGAGCCCAACGAUAACUGGACACAAGGGACCGUACGUCGUUGGUGAGGAGCUCCAACUGGUGUGUCGCACGAACGGGGGGAAGCCGUUACCCACACUCAUGUGGUACAACGGCACGGAACCUUUAGAUCCCUUCGGAACCUACUAUCAGGAUGCUCCACUAGACGACAUCGUACAAACAGAACUGCGCAUCCCCUCUUUGACAAAAUGGGAGGACUCCAUGAACAUCAGUUGUUUAGCCGACCAGGGGGUUCAGGGCGUGGCAUCACAGAAAAUAACAUCGAUACAACUACAAGUCUACUAUUCGCCGACCAUCACCGUGCCGAUAAACUCACUGCAGGCAUUGGAGGGUACCUACGCCAACCUAACCUGCCUGUGGGAGGGAAACCCUCCCCCGCUAGUCAGCUGGACAAGAGAUGGAGACAGCCUUCCGCAAAAUGCAGAAAUAAGCAACUCGUCUCUGCUGAUACCGAGAGUGUCCCGGUCCGACAGCGGCGCUUACCUGUGCGAGGCCGAUAAUGGGAUCCAGCCGAGGGUGACAGGAGAAAUCAACAUGGAGGUUAUAUUUCCACCUAGAAUCAAGUCAACAUUCGAUGGAGAGAUAAGUGUUUUGUAUGGACAGAAUGUCUUCAAAGUGGACUGUUUGGCAGAGGGAAACCCCAAGCCCAACGUAACGUGGAGGCGGAAGGAUACAAAUCAACCGUAUAACAACCCAUUGACUUUGUCUCCAUUGAACUACCAGACAGAAGGGAUCUAUGUCUGCGUUGCUAGAACUAAAAGAUUUCCCGAAGUUACGAGAGAAGCAUUCAUCAAUGUGAUAGGUCGCCCGGAAGUUGUGACUGAGGCUUCCUCUGUGUCAGCAGCCGGAGGAGACACAGUGGAACUAACGUGUACAAUAGCCUCCGACCCUGUACCUGAGGAAAUCGUCUGGACUCUAGCGGGAGAAGACGGGAAAAAGACAACAUACCGUACCGGGAGGACUGGGGAUGUAUUCGUCAAGAAAACAAAAAUUGUUGAGGACAAGAUACAAAGUGUUCUGCUUAUAAAUUCAGCCGAGUCUGCGCACACAGGAGACUAUGUCUGCAUAGCUUCUAACAUGUUCGGGCAAGAUAGACAAGAGUUUAGGGUGUACGUCACAGAUGAUAGCUCGGAUGUCGUGGUGAUUGCCGCCGUCACCAUGGGAGUUGUGCUGGGAGUUCUCUUCGCCGUCAUGGCCACACUGUGCCUUAGAGCCAGGAAUAUAUGGACGUGUCGUCUGUCCAAAUCUCCAGAGAGAGGAACACGUCGGUCUGAAUCCUUCUCUUAUUGUGCGGGGUCGGAGGACGAGCUUGCAGCAAAGUCAUCAUUGAAUAUGAGCUCGAAAGUUCCCGAAGAAGAGCUGGCCACCAUUGAACUACAAAAACUAAACGGCAUUUCUACACAUCGGUCCACAAGCAGCCUAAACAGCCAGCCAGUCGUCAUAUCAAGCCCAUUUACAGAGAUAAAGAGAGUGGAGUAUUCCUGCUUCACAACAGAUAGAAGCAGAUUUCAUGACGAAGAGGAGGAGGAGAAGUAUCCAAGGCACUGCCCGUAUUACGUGGGAGAGUUGACGAACAGGCAGGAGACAGUGAAACUUUUACCGUCGGCGAGGACGAAAGAAGAUGAUGAUGAUGGAUGUGGAGACACCAUCGGGUCGGACCCUGGAGGUCCAGCCGAUAUCCAGGCCAAAUCUACCGAUCAUUAUCAGCCUGAGGCCGGCAGCCAAACAAACUUCGUAUAGUGAGGUCAUUGGAGAAGUGCACGGCGUUAGCUUAGCAAUUGUGAACCUUUGCCUUUUUGACAGACUAGAUCUUUCCAGUAAAAACAUGCCCGUUCACAUACCCUCCAAUCAGCGACAAUAUCACCAAUUUGGGUAAAGCUCGCUUCUUCUUUGGAAAUCUCUCACCUAAUUUACGAGUGAAUGGAGCUGGGCGAAAGUAUGUAUGCACAUACACAGUCUAUAGCAGAUAACAAUCAUACACUUCUAACACUGGUAGCAAUAGUAGAAUUAGCGAUGAAAUGUAUGUGAUGAAAUUUUAACCAGCCUCUUUACUUUAUAUGAAUUUCUUUUGUUUUAAGAUAGUUUGUUUCAAGGUAGUAGUUUUAAAUGAUUUUGAAUUAUCUGCAUUACAUCUGCCCUCACGGUGUUAUAAAGAUUUAUGUGGUCCGGUAUCAAAUCCCUUGGCUGUUCAUUGGAGAGCAAAUAUGUACUUUUGUACAAGCAGGGAAUUUCGUUACUUACGCAACCCGUACUCCGUAAGGAAUUGCGUAAGCGAGUAAUUCUAAAAUGGACGUCUCAAACACGAUGUUAUCAUUUCUAGUAGCUACUUUGAUGACUUUCAGAGCCCAAACACUGCAACAGCCUGAGGAACAGGAUUACGCUUGGGUAUUUUCCAGACUCCUUGCCAGCUAAAUCGUGAGAGGGCAAUACUUCAAAGAGAGAGAAUUGCUCUCUUGAGGGAGUUGCAACUUGGGUGCUUUAUUUAACAGCGUUUGGAAAGGUGAUUAUCAUUCCCGAAACGUCCAUGAAGGGUUUGUCAUUAGAGUUUUACUUGAAGACUGAAAGAAAAUUGGUCGACGGAUAGGCGCCUGUGAUUUAUCGACAUGAGUAGCUAAGUGUAGGAAAACCGAGAUUUCAACAUAAUUUGGUCUGUGGUAGAUACCUUUUUUUAGGAAACACAAUAUAUUACACGUAAAGAUGUGGCAUUAAGUAUUCAAGAAUUUUCUUUGUAUAUCUGUAUUACGUACUGGUAUGCUUAAAAUGACAUUGUGUUGAAAAUCCAAUCUUCUGUAUUCUUUUCAAUUAUGUCACUAUAUAUUCUAUACCUCCCAAUGAAUCUCUUUUAUAUUCUGGGGCAAAAAUCACAAGUGAAAAGGGACGUAAAUAUAGUCAAGAUUUCUCGACAUCUACACGAUAACAGGAUAUAAAUUAUAACAAUAAAUCGAUGAUUGAUACUGACGUGUAGUCUGCUUUAAUUGUCGUUACAACUACUUAUCAAUACCGUCUUUUGGCUGCUUCUCCUGGAGAACAAGAGCGGUUUCAUUCACAAGACUGUAGGCAAACAUUCAACCGUUCCAUUUGCAUUAUGAUUGAGUUGGGUUGGGUUGGUUUGGCAAAUGUAAA